AUGCCACAGCACUGCCAGGUCACCUUGACAUUGGUGCCAGAACUGCAGCGACAGCUUGAAAACAUCCAAGAGCAGUGCAAGGCCUGCAUCAGAGUUUGGUGCUACGCAGCGUGCCGGAUCAUCUUGACCGAAGCACUUCUUGCUGUUGAGGAAGCGAUGCGCAAGCUUCGAGAUCAAGAGGCACAGCUCACCAGCCAAUCGGCUCGUGUUGCCCUCUUGGAGAAGCAGGUGAACGAGCGCGUGGCCUCCCUGGAGGGCAAGGUGAGCAGCCUGGAGCUGAAGGAGGAGGAGCGCUACACCGAGGUGAAGCUUGCGAUUGCAAAUGUCCAGGAAGGCCAGGCCGAGGAGAUCAAGGCGGCCGAGGCCGUGGUCGCCCGACGUGAAGCCUUGGAGGAAGAGCGCCGACGACAGCAGGAAGAAGCCGAGGCCUUGCGUGAGAGCGAGCGAGCGCAGUUGGAGGCACAGCUGGCGCAGCAGGCUCGGGGAAGCGAAGAGUCUUUGGGAAAGUUGCUAAGAAUCCAGUUGGAUGAAGCCGCAAUCCAACGCUACGAGGAGGGAGGUCAAGGGCAACUGAUGUUCGACUCGUUGUACCCACCUGGGUCAGGCCCAGAUUGGGAGGCAGACUACGUUAAAGAUGACACCGCAGACCACGGCCAGUGGGAUGCCCAAAUGCACUAUGAUGCAGCGAGGAAGCAGCGUCGUGAUUUGCAAAAGCAGGCAAAGAACUCGCUGAAAGCAGCCGUCAUCGCUCAAGAGGAGUUCGAGGACAUGCAAAAGAAAGAGUUGCAGCUCCGGGACAAGAUGAUUCAGGCACGUGCGCUGGCCAAGAAGCAGGAGGGCGUCAUCAGCACACUGAAGGCCAAACAAAACUGGCAGGAGGAAUCCGUGAAGUGGGUGAAGGAGGACAUCAAAUAUGGCAAAGGUCAGGUCAAAAAGCUCCAGGAGGCCAUUCAGGUUGUUGGAAACAGGAUCAAGGCGAAGGAGCAACAGAUUGAGGCCAUGAAGCUUGGAAACAGCCAGAAAAAGAAGGCCGCCUUCACUGCCCACGAGGUGCAGGAAAUGGCCACGCGGCUGCAUCGUCUGCAGAAGAUCCUGCAGAAGAGGAAAGCCACACUCAAGGCAACGAAGCAGAAGGUCCAGAAGUUGCGAAAGCAGGAGCUGCAAGCUCAAGAGAAGUUGCAAAAAGAGGAGAAGAAGCAAGCCCAAUCGGACGUGCAGUCCGAGGUGCUCUCUUCGAUUUGGAGCAGAUUUGGCUGGUCCUGA